UAAGUGGUCAAAUGAGUUAUCGCUGAGCUGCUGCCGGCUUUGCAUGACGCUUUGGGACCUAAUACGAAUACACUGACUCUCUGUGUGGUUUUCUACGAAGUAUGACGGAUAAACACGUUGAAUGAGAAGCGAUAUUGACGUCGUACGCCGCUUGCCUUCCAACCAAGUGAGUCCGGUCUAGUGGAAGCAGGAUGGAGAUUCUGAUUCCCACCGUCAACCGUUUGCAGGAGGUUUUCCUCACAGUGGGCGCAGAGAUCAUUCAUCUGCCUCAGAUCGUCGUGGUCGGAUCUCAGAGCAGCGGGAAGAGCUCUGUGUUGGAGAGCCUUGUCGGACGUGAUUUUCUGCCCCGAGGCUCGGGGAUCGUCACCAGACGACCGCUGGUGUUGCAGCUUGUCAAUGUUGCACCUCUGGAGGAGCGGCUGAAGACUGAAAAUGGAAAUGGGGUAAAACAAACUGCACAAAACAGCUACCCAGGUAUCAAAGCUGAGGAAUGGGGGACUCUCUUGCACUGCAAGAAUCAGGUUUUCACAGAUUUUGGGGAAAUUCGGCGGGAAAUCGAGGCAGAGACUGAACGUUCUUCAGGCAACAACAAGGGAAUUACUCCCGAGCCCAUACAUUUGAAGAUUUUCUCGCCUAAAGUCCUCAAUCUUACCCUUGUUGAUUUACCUGGCAUCACUAAGGUCCCUGUUGGGGAUCAGCCCGAGGACAUAGAAUCUCAAGUGCAGGAGAUGAUCUUGUCCUUUAUCUCCAAUCCCAACUCCCUCAUCCUCUCCGUGUCAGCCGCCAACUCCGACUUGGCCACCUCGGAUGCUCUGAAAUUGGCUCGCGAGGUAGAUCCAGAUGGUCGACGGACACUGCUGGUGGUCAGCAAACUGGAUUUGAUGGACGCGGGGACAGAUGCUCUGGAGGUCCUUCUCGGUCGAGUCAUUCCAGUCAGGCUCGGUAUCAUCGGGGUGGUUAACAGGAGCCAGCAUGACAUCAACACUCAGAAGAGCCUGGGGGACUGCAUGAAGGACGAGCAGGCCUUCUUGCAGCGCCACUACCCAUCGCUGGCCUCCCGUGCCGGCUCACGCUACCUGGCCAAAACGCUCAGCAGGCUGCUCAUGCACCACAUCCGCGACUGCCUGCCAGACCUAAAGACCCGCGUGACUGUGCUCAGCGCCCAGUACCAGUCGCGCCUCAAUAGUUACGGCCAGCCGGUGGAGGACCACAGCGCCACCCUGCUGCAAAUUGUCACCAAAUUUGCGAGCGAUUACUGCAACACCAUCGAGGGAACGGCGCGCUACAUUCAAACCUCGGAGCUAUGUGGUGGCGCUCGCAUCUGUUACAUCUUCCACGAAACCUUCGGCCGCACGCUGCAGUCCAUCGACCCUCUCGGAGGGCUGACGGAGCUCGAUAUCCUCACUGCCAUCCGAAAUGCUACCGGUCCACGUCCUGCACUUUUUGUCCCAGAGGUGUCGUUCGAGUUGCUGGUGAAGCGUCAAAUCAAGCGUCUGGAGGAGCCCAGUCUGCGAUGUGUGGAGCUGGUCCACGAAGAGCUACAAAGGAUCAUCCAGCACUGCUCGUCAUUUAGCACGCAGGAGCUUCUAAGAUUCCCAAAACUGCAUGAUUCCAUUGUGGAAGUUGUGACUGGAUUACUGCGGAAGCGCUUGCCAAUUGCGAAUGAAAUGGUGCAUAAUUUAGUAGCAAUAGAGCUUGCCUACAUCAACACGAAGCAUCCGGACUUCACGGAUGCGGCGCAGGUCUCUGCAUCCGUCAACAGUCAGCAGGCAGAGGCCCUUGAUGGAACCAAGCGCUGGAAGAAUGAGAAGGCCGCAGAGGAGAAAACCCCACCUGCAAGCUUUGGCAGCCCCAGCAAAGGCCAGCCCAUUAACCUUCUUGACACAGCAGUGCCCGUGUCCCGCAAGCUGAGUUCGAAGGAGCAGAGGGACUGUGAGGUCAUCCAGCGCUUAAUCAAGUCUUACUUCCUCAUCGUCCGCAAGACCAUCCAGGACAGCGUGCCCAAGACCGUCAUGCACUUCCUGGUGAACUUUGUUAAAGAGCAUCUGCAGAGCGAGCUGGUGGGUCAGCUGUAUAAGCAGACGCUACUCCAGGACCUACUCAUUGAGUCUCAGGACACUGCACAGCAGAGGACGGAGGUCGCUCAAAUGCUGCAGGCACUCAAAAAAGCCAAUAACAUCAUCUCUGAGAUCAGAGAGACACACCUGUGGUAGCUAAAGGAAACCCACACUCCUCACUUUCGAGACAACAACAUUAAUGAUGUACAGUGACUAUAAGUCUACACACCCCUGUCUACACACCCCAAUAAAAAAAAAAGACAAAGAUCAAUCAUUUCAGAACAUUUUCCACCAUUAAUGUGACCUAGAACCUUGACAAUGUAAUUGAAAAGAAAAUGAAAUCCUCUCGAGAGAAGAAGCAUAAAUAAACAACUGAGAUAAUGUGGUUGCACAAGUGUGCACACCCUCUUAUAUCAGGGGAUGUGGGUGUGUUCAGAAUGAACCAAUCAGUCAGCACACAUCUGCCAUCAUUUAAAGGGCUUCUGAUUAACCCCAAAUAAAAUUCAGCUGCUCUAGUAGACUUUGCAGCAUGAAUGAAUGACUGCUUAGCACAUCUGCCACACACUUGUGAGGACCCGGGUUCAAAUCCGGCCUCGCCUGUGUGGAGUUUGCAUGUUCUUCCCGUGCCUAUGUGGGCUGUCGGGAUGCAGUGUCACGUGAAUUUGUCAUUCGAGCUGGAAUUUUCCAACUCACGCGAAUCCGUGAAGAAGUGAAUUUUCAUGUGUUCGCCCCCCCACAUCGCCUGGCUUGAAUUCGCACCAUUUGCACAUUUGCAUUGACUUCGGGGUAGCACGGUGGAUGACUGUUUAGCACUUCUGCCUCACAGUUCAACUCCGGCCUCCUGCGUGGGUUUUCUUUGGGUACUAUGGUUUCCUCCCACAUCCCAAAAACAUGCAUGGUGGGUCAAUUGGAGACUCUAAAUUCUCCGUAAGUGUGAAUGUGAGUGUGAAUGGUUGUUUGUCUAUAUGUGCCCUACGAUUGGCUGACAACCACUUCAGGGUGUACCCCGCCUCUCGCACCACAGUUCGCGGGGAUAGGCUCCAGCACACCCACGACCUUAGUGAGGAUAAGCUGUGUCGAGAAUGGAUGGAUAGUAGACUUUCUAGGUCAUAGGGAUGGUAUAAAACGUUUUGAAAUUAUUUCUCAUGGUCCUAUUGCUUUAUAUCACAAAAGCUUGGAAUUUGAUUAGGGGUUCUGUAGACGUGCGUGUGUGUGUGCGAGCGAGCGAGAGAGUGAGUGAUUUCUCCUGGACCAAUGAACAUUUAGCACAUUUUCAUCCACUGUUGCCCUGAAGCAGAAACACCAGAGCUUCCUCACUCAGACCUGAAGCGUUACACCACUUCACUGUCAAAGUGAACAAACUCCCUUUGUGUCAUUUUGUCAUGCAACGUUUGUGUGUACGUGUCUGUGUCAUAUGUGUACAUUACAAGUGUAAUAUUUAAGUUGUGUACGUCCACAAAUAUCCAACAAACCGGGUAUCCUGUGGGACCGUUUAACAGGUACUGAAUCUGCAAUUGCAGCUUGCACUCUCAACUACUCAAAAACUGCUGGUUCCCAACUUGCCCACCACAAGUCGACAAGAACUUGAGACAGGGAGACAAGAUUUGGAACCAUAUCCAAUCCAAAAUGUUUGAGAUAAUAUUGGCAGAUCAGUAGGCUUGUGUUCCUUGUCUGAGCUCAAAUAGGUGCAAUUUGGGGCAAGAACGAUUGAUUUUGUCAUGUGGUAUCAGAACCAAAAUGCUUGCGGUAGCUGAGGAUGAAACUAAGAUUAAUAGGUCACUUCCUUGUCAGAGCUCUAAUGGGUGCAAUUUUCACAAUGUCAGGGCAAGAAUCCAAUUGAUUCUGAGCGAUAUUCAAUCCUGUUUGAGGUAGCUUCGGAGGGGCAUACUUCUUGUUAGGGCUCUCGUAUGUUGUUUUCAAUCUAUCCUUAAAAUGUUAUGUUCAGGGAAACAACCCUAUUGAUUUUGUACAACAUCUGUUUUAUUACUUGCUGAAUUUUCCUUUCCUCAACAGUAAAAGGUGCAAUUUCUAAGCUUUCAGGGGUUAUUGAUCUCUGUAAGGGCAGAACCCUGGUGAAUUUGUUCAAGAUACGAUCAAAAAAACUUGAGGUUGCUUAAGUUGAAGGUGAGAUUAGUAAGUAUGUGAUAGAUCAUCAAGCUUGUUGUGGUGAUUAUUAUUAUAUGCUAGAGCAAGAAUGCUACUGAUUUUGUAUGAUGUCCAGUCUGAGAGGCACAAGGCAGCUGAUGUAUAAAGCUAAUCGGAGGAGGAACACGUUCCUUGUCACAAUUCUAGUAGAUGCAAUUUUCUUCAAGUCUUCAAACUUUCAUGGCUUAUUCUUCAUUGUCUGAGCAAGAACCCUGUUGAUUUUGGUACGCUGUUAGACCCGAGAUGCGCAAGGGUCAUCGAGCAUGUCUAGCACUAACCUCGCUGGGAGCAUGCAGCGUUUCCUCCAAUGUCGAAAUAAUGACGGCGAUAUUAUUUCACUGUUCAAUAAUUGAGUGGCACUCAAGUGAUUCUUAGAGACUAUUAGUUUAAUUGUGCAUCAUCCUUAAAGGAAAUCACACAACUUUGUACUCCGAGGGAAGAGAGGCUCAUCAGCGAUUACAACUGAGGAGUCAAAGCGCUCUCAUCAGAAAUACCCAGCAUGCAAUAUUUUUCCAACAUACGCCUGUGUCCCUAUAAGAACUAGUGAAACAGCAAAUGUUACCAGCCACGUUUCCUUGACUACUGUAUGUAAAUGUUGCUUGAUUUGUCAACCAAAACUGUUGUUAAAAGAUAAUUUUUCCCCCAAAGGCUAUUGCUCAUAUCUACAGUAUUAUUGUGUAUUUCUUUUCAUCGCUAACACUGCAAAGUGGUAUUAGGGCUGCACUGACAAUAAAAUAAAAAUCCAAUCAUGUGGAAAAACUCAUGAAUGUUAAAAGACUAAGUGGUAAUGUUACAAUAAAAUAGAAAAUAAAAGAUGUAAUACUCUGGCAAAACAGUCAAUGUGCAAAAUAGUAGAUGGGAGAAAAAAAAGUGUUAAAAAUAACAAAAAAUAAAAACAUUGCGAGGAAAAAUAUGAUGUUCAAAAAAUAAAAACAUACUAGUAAAAGUCAAUGUUAAAAGAAUAAAGAUUUAAUGAGGAAAACGUCCUACGGUUAGAAGGAUACACAUAAUUACAAGAAAAAGUAAAAUGUCAAAAGAAUAAGGACAUAAUAGUAAAAGGAAAAAAGAAUAGUAUAAUAGACAUACUAUGAGAAUCACGAUUUAGCAUGACAAUCACAAUCAGAAUCAUCUUUAUUUGCCAAGUAUGUCCAAAAAACACACAAGGAAUUUGUCUCCGGUAGUUGGAGCCGCUCUAGUACGACAACAGACAGUCAAUUGACAGAGAACACUUUUGAGACAUAAAGACAUUGACAAAGAAAAAAACAGUCACUGAGCAGUAAAGGGUUGCUAGUUAUCUGGUAAUGUCGGUACAAUUUUUUUUUUUAUUUUUAAUUUUUUUUUUUACAAUUGUGCAAAAGAUGCAGAGUCCUCUAGCACUUAGAGCAGUUCGAAUGACUAAUAUAGCAAUAGUCAUGUGCAACCAUUGUGCAAAGGGCGCCGAGACUUCAAGGAGUGUAUCCGGUUUAAAGUGACGAGUAGUGCGAUAAUCUGGGACAAUGUUGAUUGUGAUGUUGCAGAUACUCCUCAAUCAGUGUGCAAAUGGGGCAGAUGCUACUCUGGCAUGAGUGGCCAGUAUUGGUCAACAACAGAUAUGCAAAUAGUGCAGCGUGGUGAAACAACUACAGUGAGUGCACGAGUAAUAUAUAAUUGGCCCCACAGAAAUGUGACAACGAACUCAAAUCAAAAAAUUGCCAGCAUGUUGUAAUGGAAUUGUAGGUUAGCUGUUUAAGAAGUUGAUUGCAAGAGGGACGAAGCUGUUGGAAUGUCUGCUUGUUCUAGUUUGCAUUGAUCGGUAGUGCCUGCCUGAGGGGAGGAGCCGGAAGAGCCGGUGACCGGGAUGCGGAGGGUCCGAGAGGAUUUUGCACGCUCUUGUCUUAGUUCUGGCAGCGUGAAAGUCCUCAAGUUGUUAUAAGAAUAAAUUUUCAUGUAAAACGUUUAAAGAAAAGAGAAAAAAGAUUAUCAAAAGCAAAAAGUCGGAAUCGGAGAAGUCUUAUUACAAGAAUAAAGUCAUAAUAUUACAAAAACAAUGUUUGUAAUAGUUUAGUUCUAUUAUAUGAUGUUUAAAAUUGUGUUUUUCACUUGUAAUAAUAAGACCAUUGUUUUAAAAAUCAAAGGUUUUUCUUUGAAUUUACAACAUAUUUCUUGUAGGUUACUAGUCUGAUUCCUUUAUCCCCAUAAUUUUUAAAAUUGUGGUUUACUACUGUAUUCUUCAUAAAAUGACAAGAAUGACAAAAUUCCUCCUAAUAUUUCCACAUUAUCCUCAUAAAAUCGUGAGUGUUUUUCUGGGUUUAUUUUUGUCAUAUAAAAUGUUUUUAUUGGGGUAUGCCCCUUUUGAUUUCUGAAAUUUGCUUCAUAAUAUUGUAUUACGACUUUAUUAUGGGAUGGUGAGGUUUCUCCUCAUGAAAUGAUGACUUCAUCCGAGUAAUUUCUGUGACUUUGUCCUUUGAGCAGUUUUCCUUUCUACUGUGGCCCUAAUACUUCUUUGCACAUCAUUCAAAAAUAGACUUUUUUAAUUAUUUAGGAAGAAAUACCCUAGCGGGACCAUCAAUUAGCAUCCUCUUUCAAAUCAGGGACAUUGUGAAUGAGCUGUGUAUGUUUUGCAUGCGUUGAGUAUGCCAAUGUGGAGUAAGUGUGUAUUUUGUAUUAUUUAAGUGUAAAUUAUUCACAACGCGUGGACUGCCUCUGAGUUCCUGGCUGCCAAUAUUUGUGAUAAAUGUUUUACUCUUGGAGGCCAUUAAACUUCAAUGAAGGACAAUGUACAGAGUGGAGCCUUUAUUGAUGACACGCCUACACACCACUACUUGCAUUUAAAUCAGUAAUUUUCAAAGGGGUACAAAGUACUGUUCAAUUCUAU